UAACCUCAAAGUUUGUUUUUGUUUAUGUUUUCAUAUUUUGCAAUGGAUAUCACAGAAAAUUCAUUUCGUUGCGAUUUUGUACAAAAUUUGUACCAAGUGAUUACAAAACUUUAUGGAAAUAUAAUCGAUCAUGAGAGUUCUAUCAAAAAUUGUGAAAUUUGUUCAGAAAACAGUAAAGCAAUUUCCUUCAUCAAGAACCAGCUCUAUCUCAUCAUGAGCGGGGAUUCUGUCACCAUCUGGACUAAAAAUGAUGAAAACUCUAACAAGGAACAAAUCAAUGAUAAAUUUACUAACAAAAAUAAUUAUACUUUGGAAGUUGAUGAUUGCAAAAGUAUUAAAGAAGAGGAGGAGGAAGAACAUGGAUUCAAAAAUAUUUUAACAGCAGAGUCAAAUGUAUUUGAAUCAUCUUCGUCAUCUGACGCUGAAAAUCCUAUCACAAUAGAAGAUGAUCCAGACAAAAUAGAUAUAAAACACGUUUCUGAGACUGAAAAUGCCCCUAAAUCAUCUAAGGAAGGAGAUGCCAUAAAUAAACCAUAUGAGUGUGCACAUUGUCAUAUUAGAGUAUCCUUGAAGGCUAAUCUUGCCCAGCACAUGAAAUUGCACAUGCCAAAGCAACAUCUUGAUGAAGUAAGAAAUGGAAAAUUUUAUCCAAAAUGGAAAAAACAAGGCAAGAAAAAAUGUUCACUAUGCAAAGCAAUUUACAAGAAGGUACAUGAAUGUAAGCUUUUAGGACAAAAACACGUUCGCAAUACAUUUUCAUGUUCCUACUGUCCGGAAACUUUUACUUUCUAUCCAAAAAUUUAUAUGCACCACAAAAUCCAUCAUCCAGACAAACCAAAACCUCUAUCACCCUACCAAUGUGAGAUUUGUGGAGCUUUUGCCAUACGUUCAUAUGCCCUACAACGACAUAUGAUGUUUCAUACUGAUUAUGCCCCAUUUGAAUGUGAAACAUGUAAAAAGAAAUUCCGAACUAGGCAAAAACUAAAGGAUCACCAACGAAUUCAUAUACCAAAGGCAGAGAGAGAUGAUAAAUAUAAAUGUGAAAUUUGUCAAAAACAAUAUCAUUCUUCAACAACACUGAAAACCCAUAAAUUGCUUAAACACACUAAACGAGAGACCUUCAGCUGUAGUGUUUGCCAGAGGAAAUUCCUAAAGGAAAUCUCUUUAAAGAAACAUCUUCCAGUUCAUGAAGGAGAAGCUCAACGAGAGCACAAGUGUGAGGACUGCGGUAGGAGAUUCAAAAAACUCGGAGAUAUGAAUAGACAUAGGAAGAAAGAUCACAAAAAAUAUACCGAAUUGAUGUUGAGGCCUAAAACGAAAAAGAAGGCAAAAGGCCAAGAAAAUGAAUUAAAAUAAAGUUGUUAUAAUAAUUGCCAGAGAGCAAGUAUUUAUUUUGCUACUUUUAAAAAUUAUUAUUUUCUAGAAAGUUACUUUUGAAGCUGAAAUUCACAAAAUUUAAACGGACACGAAAACAUCUUCCAAAAAUCUAAAUCAAGUUUAAAAAUUUUCUGGAAUAUUUUGGUAAAAUAAAUUAAAAAAAUAAAUCUUGCUUUGAAUUCUAAUUAGAAAA